UUGCCUCUGGAACAGCAGCUCUACGGCGUCAUGGAGGAGAUCUGUAAGCUGGUAGAGGCCAUUCCACUGCAGGAGCUCAAGUCUCUGUCAUGUGCUAAAGACCUUCUCCAGAAGCGAGACCUCAGGAGAAAACUGCUCGCUAGUUCUGUUGGUUUGAACAAAAGUAGCUUCAAAUGCAGCUUUCCCAGAGCCUGGCAGGUGCCUGUGGAGCGGGGCCCUCCCCCAUGUCCUGGUGCUGCACCAUGUCCUGGCCUCAGCUGGAGCUUCUGUUCUGACAGCAACUCGCCCAGAGCCACAAACCCCCCAUCCCUGCUGCUCGGUUCUGCUCAUUCAAGCAAGUUUUCUACGCCCAGAAAUCAAACCUUGGAUACCUCUUGUGCUUCAAAGCAAAGUGUUGAGGAGAUCACCUGCCCAGGCACCACGGGGCUGUCUUCCUCCAGGGUGAAUGGUGCAAAGGGAGCUUCCCUCAGCCUCCAUCCUGAGGUGACCCUCAACAGCUCCUGCUGUGAGCGCCCAGGGGUGAGGAACAGCGGAAUCCACCCUUUGCUGCAGAGGCCUCUUACAAGCACUGCUCUGAAGGGGCAGAGUAAGGCUCCCACUGACGUUCCCACAGAAGACACUUCAGGUAUAAACGAUGACUUUGACCUGGACCCCUUCGAUAUUGAUGAUUUUGAUGAGGGCUGGGAGGACGUGGUGGAUGUGUCGGCACCAAAGGGUCCAUCCACGCCGUCGUACCAGCCCAUCAGGGAAGGGCCACCUGCCAAAUCGCUGCUCUCAAAGAUAACGUCCAGGGCCAAGGGAUCUGCUGUUGUAUCAAAUCCUGCUGCUCCCAAGUCAAGCUCCUUGAUGACAACAAAGAACUGCUCAGGUCCGGCAGUUGUUAACCCUGCACUGGAGCGUUUCAGGGGUCUGAAAUUUUCCCAUUCUGAAGAAAUGAUGACUAUAUUUCACAAGAAGUUUGGGCUGCACUGCUUCAGGACAAACCAGCUGGAGGCCAUCAACGCUGCUCUUCUGGGUGAAGACUGUUUCAUCUUAAUGCCCACUGGUGGUGGUAAAAGCUUGUGCUACCAGUUACCAGCGUGUGUCUCUGCUGGAGUCACUAUUGUUAUCUCUCCACUGAGGUCGCUGAUAAUAGACCAGGUUCAGAAACUGAAGACUUUAGAUAUUGCUGCAACAUACCUGACUGGUGAUAGAACAGAUGCUGAUGCCUCCCAAAUAUACAUGCAACUGUCAAAAAAAGAUCCUGUGAUAAAGCUCCUGUAUGUCACCCCUGAGAAGGUCUGUGCGAGCAGCCGACUGAUGUCAGCCCUGGAGAACCUCUACAACAGGAAGCUCCUAGCACGGUUUGUCAUCGAUGAGGCCCACUGUGUCAGCCAGUGGGGUCACGACUUUCGACAAGACUACAAGAGACUGAACAUGCUCCGCAGGAAGUUUCACGCUGUUCCCAUGAUGGCCCUUACUGCCACUGCCAACCCCAGAGUGCAAAAGGAUAUCCAGAAUCAGCUUGAGAUGCUAAAGCCACAAGUGUUUACAAUGAGCUUCAACAGGCAUAACUUGAAAUAUGAUGUAUUGCCCAAGAAGCCAAAGAAGGUGGCAAUGGAUUGCUUGGAAUGGAUUAAGAAAUAUCAUCCAUAUGACUCUGGGAUAAUAUAUUGCCUUUCCCGACACGAGUGUGACACCACAGCAGCCAUUCUGCAGAAGGAGGGUCUCGCUGCACUUGCCUAUCACGCUGGCCUCACCGACUCCAACAGGGAUCUCGUGCAGAAGAAGUGGAUUAACCAAGAGGGAUGCCAGGUUAUAUGUGCAACAAUUGCCUUUGGAAUGGGAAUCGACAAGCCUGACGUGCGCUACGUUAUCCACGCCUCUCUUCCUAAGUCCAUAGAAGGUUACUACCAGGAGUCUGGCAGAGCUGGGCGGGAUGGGGAGAUGUCCCACUGUGUCCUCUUCUACAGCUACAGCGAUGUCACCAGACUGCGGAGGCUAAUCCUGAUGGAGAAAGAUGGGAACAGCCACACGAGGCAGACCCACUUCAACAACCUGUACAGCAUGGUUCACUACUGCGAGAACGUGGUGGACUGCCGGAGAAUCCAGCUUUUGGCCUACUUUGGGGAAACUGAUUUUAAUCCCACCUUCUGUAAAGAUCACCCAGAAGUAAUCUGUGAUAACUGCAGCAGGAAGAAGGAUUACAAAUCAAGGGAUGUAACAGAUGAAGUGAAGAGCAUUAUAAGAUUUGUACGAGAGCAUUGUGGACAAAACGGACGAGCAAAUGCAAAGAGAAACGCAGGUUCUGGGAGAUACACCUUGAACAUGAUGGUAGACAUUUUCCUAGGUACAGCAAGUGCGAAGAUUCAGUCUGGAAUAUUUGGGAAGGGAGCUGCCUACUCAAGGCAUAAUGUGGAAAGGCUGUUUAGAAAACUGGUCCUGGACAAGAUCCUGGAUGAAGACCUGUAUAUCACAGCUAAUGACCAAGCCGUGGCCUAUGUAAUUCUGGGAGAGAAAGCCCAGGUUGUGCUAGAUGGAUCACUACAGGUGGAGUUCCAUGAAACAGAAAGUGCCAGUGCCAUCAGAAAGCAAAGGGCCUCCAUGGCAAAAAUGUCACAGCGGGAAGAGAUGGUCAAGAAGUGCCUCAGUGAGCUCACAGACACCUGCAAAACACUUGGGAAGGUCUUUGAUGUGCAUUACUUCAAUAUUUUCAGUACUUUGACGCUGAAGAAAAUCGCAGAAUCCUUGUCUUCUGAUGCAGAGGUUUUACUGCAGAUUGAUGGUGUCACAGAAGACAAGCUGGAAAAAUACGGUGCAGAGAUAAUUAAAGUGAUGGAGAAGUACUCUGAAUGGACCACACCAGAAGAUGCUGGUGGCCAAAGUGUGGACACAGCCCCGGGAAGUGCUGGCACACAAGGGAGUGAUGAAGAGGCAGAUGAAGGGACAACCUCAACCUAUUUUUGCAAUAACACAAACCAAAGAAGGAAAAGAAAAAGGCCACCAAACUUCAAAGAAUCCAAGAGGAAAAGGACAACUAAUGGUGGUGGCCAGCAGUUCCAGCACAGAGGUGGCUACAGCAAGUACAGAAGGACCAAGAGGCCGCUCAGCUCCAAGGCCCCGGCCCCAUCCAGCAGCAGUGCAGCAUGGCAGGGCCUCAGCACCACGCAGGGAGCUGCUGGGAAGCUGGGCAUCAUGGCACUGCCCAAGCCCAAAACCAGACACUUCCUCCAGCCUUCGUAUGCAGUACUGUAA